AUGGCGUCUUAUAACAUUGCCAUGGUCACGGACUUCUUCUAUCCGCAGCCCGGAGGAGUCGAAUUCCACGUUUACCAUCUUUCCCAGAAACUUAUUGACUUGGGUCAUUCUGUAGUAAUAAUCACCCAUAGUUACGGGAAUAGAAAUGGAGUUAGGACGUUGGCUAAUGGCUUGAAGGUGUACUAUGUUCCCUUUUUUGUUCUCUACAGACUGUCUGCAUCACCUACAGUGUUCCUGGCUCUUCCUAUAUUGAGAAAUAUCUUUAUCAGAGAACUGAUUGAUAUUGUCCACGGCCAUGGUUCUCUAUCUAGUUUGUGUCACGAGGCCAUUCUUCACGGCAGAACCAUGGGUUUGAAAACAGUGUUUACAGACCAUUCGUUGUUUGGUUUUGCCAGUGUAUCAAGUAUCAUGGGUAACAAGAUUCUAAAGUUCACUUUAAGUGACAUUGGUCAUGUAAUAUGUGUUUCCCACACCUGUAAAGAGAACACAGUCUUAAGAGCCAGCUUGGACCCGCUUCACGUUUCAGUAAUCCCAAAUGCUGUUAUUCUGAAUGACUUCAAUCCUAAGAAAAGAAGCGGUAAGUCAACAUCACUUAUACUGUCAGAUCAGAAGAUUACCGUAGUUGCAAUUAGUAGACUUUUCCCCAACAAGGGUGCAGACUUACUCACGGCCAUAGUGCCUCGAGUAUGCCUUGCCAAACCCAAUGUCAACUUCAUUAUUGCUGGAGAUGGCCCGAAAUUUUUGGACCUUGAGCAAAUGAGAGAGAAAUACUUUCUUCAGGAGAGAGUGACAUUGCUCGGUUCUGUCCAACACGAAGAAGUGCCCGAGGUGAUGACCCAGGGUGAUAUUUUCUUACAUCCAUCCUUGACUGAAGCGUUCGGUACUGUUAUAGUUGAGGCUGCUUCCUGCGGUCUUUACGUUGUGACUACAAAUGUUGGUGGUAUUCCAGAAGUGUUGCCCAAUCAUAUGAUCAGCUUUUCAGAACCUGAAGAAGAGAGUUUAGUCCAAGCGACUAUCAAAGCCGUAGACCACUUACAGUCUGGGAAAAUUGAUACGACGAAGUUCCACGACGAAGUGGCCAAAAUGUACAGUUGGGCCAACAUAGCGAAGAGGACAGAAAAUGUGUAUGCAUCUUUAGAUCUGAGAAAGUUAAACCAACCUUUAUUGAUUAGACUUCAAAAAUAUUACUGUUGUGGGCCGGUCGCUGGGAAACUCUUUAUACUCUGUGUUGUGGUUGAUAUUUUAAUAUUCAUGAUACUAGAAUGGUGGUACCCUGCGGAACAUAUUGAUAGAGCCACUAAAUGGCCAAAAAAAGGACAAAAGUCACAACUAGUGAUGGUUACACAAGCUCAUGAAAGUGAUGAAGCGUUGUCAUAG